AUGAACAACACAGCAAACCUGACCUCUCAUCAAGAUUUGUGGCACAAUGUGACGGUUGGAAACACCACCUCAUUUUACCGUCCUGCUGUGAACUCUGCUCUAAAUAAUGCCAUUUCAGUAGUGAUUAUAAUCAUAAUGAUCAUCACCAUGGUUUCACUUGGAUGCACCAUGGAGGUGUCUAAGAUCAAGUAUCACCUCAUGAAACCUAAGGGGGUGGCUAUUGCAGUUGUGUCCCAGUAUGUGAUCAUGCCUCUUACAGCCUUUUGCUUGGCUAAGGGGUUUCAGCUCGGUGAUAUAACAGCUGUGACUGUUCUGGUCUGUGGCUGCUGUCCUGGAGGACAGAACUCCAACACAAUGACUCUGGCACUAAAGGGGGACAUGAACCUCAGCAUCAUGAUGACUUCCUGCUCCACGUUGUUGGCUAUGGGUAUGAUGCCUCUCCUGCUCUACAUCUACUGCCAGGGUUUCCCCAGCGUGCGGAACGCUGUCCCAUAUGUUCAAAUCAUCUUAUCGUUGGUCUUGAUCCUUGUUCCGUGUGGCAUCGGCAUCCUCAUCAACACCUACAGGCCGCAGUAUUCGAAGAGGGUCACAAAGGUAGGCAUCAUUAUCUUGCUGAUUUUUACUGUGGUGACUUUGACCUUAACCACUAUUGCAAACGGACGCCACAUCCUGACUGUGCUGUCUCCUUCACUCUUGGCCAUCGCUGGUCUCAUGCCUUUGAUAGGCUACUGCUUUGGAUAUGUCUUCUCUUCAAUCUUCAGACUCAGCCACAGGUAG